CAGGAUGUUAGCGCAGAGUCGGAUGCGCCGCUGUGUGUCGUCUGUCACACGGCCGUCCUAACAAGUUCUUAUGGUGAUUUACUUGUGUUCUUAGUGGAUCAGGCCACGGCUGACUUAUAGAGAGGGUGGUACCAUCGUAUGGGUGGUAACGCUUCGAAGAUGGCGGCUCCAGUAGUAGUAAACGCAACAGCUAAGCACACUGCAACAAUAAUUUUCCUUCAUGGUCUUGGUGACACCGGGUAUGAAGCGUACAGCCACACCGGGGAUUAUGUAAGUCAUGGUUGGGCAAGUGCAAUGGCAGCAAUUGGAUUACCACACAUUAAGUUCAUAUGUCCUACAGCACAAGUGAUGCCAGUGACACUAAAUGCUGGGUUCAGAAUGCCUUCUUGGUUUGAUUUAAAGUCUCUUGAUGUAGAUGGUCCCGAAGAUGGAGAUGGCAUUAAGAAAGCAAGAGAUGGGAUUCACCACCUGAUUGAGGAAGAAGUUAAGAAUGGUAUUCCUCAUGAGAGAAUAAUGUUAGGUGGCUUCAGUCAAGGUGGUGCCUUGGCCCUUUACUCAACCUUCACACAUACCAAGACACUUGCAGGUGUUGUGGGCCUCUCAUGUUGGCUGCCACUGAGGGAAGAGUUUCCUCAGGCUGCCAUUAGCAACACAGGCUCUCCAAUCAUUCAGUGUCAUGGUGACUGUGAUCCAAUAGUACCAUACAAAUUUGGUCAAAUAACAAGUCAACUGAUCAAGAAGUUUGCUGGCAAUAUUGAGUUCAAGACAUAUCGGGGCAUGAUGCACUCAUCUUGUGAAGAGGAAAUGGCUGACAUCAAGAAGUUCAUUGCCAAGUAUUUGCCUGCAGUUUAGAACUCAUAAAUAAUUUCACAAGUACUGUAUAGAAAUUAGUGCAUUGUAUGAAAUUGAACACCUGUGUACAACAAUCAUUCAUGCAAGGGAAAGAGAAGCAGUAAGUUGUAAAAAUAAUCAGUAUUUGAUCUUAGUGUUUUUGUUUAUUCCAUCUCAUGACUUCAGCUUCACAUCAUCACCACCAUUUACAAAGGCUAUAAUAAGGGCCUUGUUGUUCUUGGAAGUUGUUUAUUUUAGUUAACUUAACGAUAUAUUUUUGUAGUGGGCACUCUUCUUGGUUACAUGAAUAAUAUGGUAGUCUACAUUACAAGUUUAGUGAUAUUUCAUUAUUCUUAUUCAUCUAAAAGUUUAUCAUCCAACUUAAUAUACUGUACUGCUGUUUUGUUGAUGAUAAUAUUACUGUACCUGUUUGUUUCAGAUAAUUGGAUACAUAUAUCAAAUAUAUAUAAUAGUCAUAAAAGAUCUCAUAUUACAAACAAAAGGUCAGUAUAUUGGAGAUAAAGAUGCAACAAUAGACAGGUAAAAUUUCUCCCACCAGCCAUAGUGGAGCAUAUAAAGUCAUUGUUCGGGAAGGCUGAUAGGAGUUGUUUAAGGAUUUUUUUAUUAUUAUUAAAGUAUAUUUGACCAAAUAAGCUGUGAAUAACGUUUUUUCGAUGUGUAUUAGGAUUAGAUUAUUCAUCUUAAUGGUGCAUUUUAUAAUUUUCCCAUUAACCCUUUCAAGAGUAUGCAUAAACUGGCUGUGCCCACCAGUGAGGUAGUUUUUUAUUUAAUUUGGUUUUUGCUAAAAAAAAGAAAAUAGUAUUUCAGUUGAAUUACAGUAUUUUGUCUUGUUUAUUUAUGUUUUAAUAAAAAAAAAAAUAUGAAAGUGAUAUAUAACACUUAGAAGUUCAUAUGGAGUGGAGGUUGGGAGAUAUCACUUGGGGCGAGUCAUAACAACUGGCUGAAAGGGAUGUUGAUGUGUUACACAGUCAGUAUUUCUUGUUUCUUACAGUUCACUUAAUCUCUUAAAAUCAGUGAAGUCAUUUUAUCUCCAUCAAGUGUUACCGAGCUGUUGAUGGUUGGAAAAUUUUGACCUAGAAUUGGUUAUGUUUGGCUGUGUAAGACUUGUAGUACGUGUGGUAAACAUGUCCAUUCCAGAAUGAUACUGAGGAAUAGGAAACGUAAAUAUACCUGCUUACUCAUCUUCUUUUACAUGUAAGAUAGGUAAAUUUAUGUACUUACUGAUGAAAGGGUUAAUUUUGUAUAAUCUUUUCUGCCUUAUUAUAAAUUUUAUCACUUCUGUUUUCCAGAUAAUUGUGUAUCAAAGUUAUUGUUUCAUAUAAGUUAAACAGUUUUAAGAUAUCUCAUCCAUGUCUCAUUAUUUGAUAUGUUUGAGGGUUACUGCAUUUAGUUUUCCAAUAUGCUGUUGACUGGGAAAUGGCAUAUUGGAAAAAUGAAAAUAGUUAAGAAGGCAAAUUAGGUUGGUAUUUACCCACAGAGUAAAUUGCAUAUACUCAGAACUAAAAAAAACUCAUUAAAAUAUUUUUGUUGUUCUUAGCUCAGAGGAAUGAUCUGGGAAUGGUGCCAGCUAAAGUUUAUCGAGAAUCACUUGGAUGUUUUUUCAUGAGAUUUAUUGUUAUAGUGGCUCUCAUAUGGUGGGCUUGCAUAUAUAGUUUUCAUUCCUCCUCAUAAUACUGUACAUGCAUACCGAGUGUCAAAUCUAUAUUGUUACUGUGGAUUUCUGCAUACAUGUGAAAUUCAUUGAUGGUUAUUAGUAAUGCAUUUAAUUAUCUAUCCUCUAGUAUAGAUUAUGUAUUAGGUCUUACAGAAUGGAAAUCCAUGAUAUAAUGCAUUGGCUAUUGAUUAGUACCAAACCUCCUAGAUGUUGAGUAGUUUACCUCACUACUUAUAUACUCAUAAUAGCUUCCGUUGGCUUAGAAUUAUUUUUGUGCCUGAAAGCUAGGUAAUCAUUUAUUUCUUCAUUAAAAAUGGUUAAAUAACUAAUUUGUUGCACUUACCUGAGCAUAAGAGUUACAUCGUGUCGUAAUUUGUUAAGCAUCGAUUGUUUUGUUGUGCCAGGAUUUUGUCUUUUUCACUUUUACACUUUCAUUUUAAACUAGAAAUUAUCAUAUUAUAUUAGUACAGUGCAAUGCUUUGAUGCUAGGAUUUCAGUGGUACCAAAUUAGUUAACUUGUUGAUUAUAAAACAGUCUGAUGUUAUUACUUAAAUAUAUGCAGCUGGUAAUAUUUUUGAUGUGGCAAGUCACUUGUUUUAUAUUGUUUUGGAAACUGCCAUGACUGAUCCAAUAUGUCUUCAAUAUAAAUAUUUUAAUUCGCUUGAUCAUUACAGUGAGAUGAUGAUUGCUCUUGUGAAAGACAUUUGAUAAAAAUGCAUCUUGGAGAUCUGUUGGCACCUCAUUAUAUGCAAUGAUGGAGGUUAAUAUUGCUAAAGAGUCUUAAUUGUAUUUAAAGCAAAAGUUGAAUUAGUUAUUAUUUAGUAGAAUUUGUUCAGUUGUUUUAUAGUAUAAAUUCAUCUUGUCGCUGGAUGCUGAAUAAUGCAAGUUUAGUGUAAAGACCAAUUUUGGUGGAUAUAUACAGUAAUAGUAUUUAGGGACUGAAGCAAAGAUCCUACUUUGGUUUAUUAUUCUCUUAGCAAUAGAUAUUAAAAAAUUAUGAUAAUUAUAGAAUAAGAUGAAAUAAAGAUUGUAGGUUUGUAUGUAGAUCCCUGAGUCAUUCAAGUAGUGACAUACUCAGAUGUUUACUCAUUAUGCCCAGUAUUUUUCAAUACAUCCAGCAUAUAUUAUAAUGCUGAUAUAUAUGUGAUCAUCCUAACUCUAGAUGAGGAUAGUAUGGAGAAGUUGAUAAACCACAAGUGUGUUUUUUGUCCUUUUAUUUGAGUAGAAUAUACUCAAUACCAUGCCUCUUUAAAAUCCAAUGUUGACUUUCAGAUCUUAAAGAGUCCAAUGGAAUUGUCACUGGAUGUUAGUUCUAGCAACUCAACAUUGCAAACUGGUUUUGUACUUGGUAAUUUUGCCUUUAAUGCAAAGUUGUAUGUAAUGCAAAGAAAUAUAUAGACCUAUAGUG